GCAGCACACCAUUAAAAAGGAAACAUUGCGCAGCGAGACAAGAAAUGUCACUUCUGCGUGGCCAAGAAGAAAGAAAAACCGUGAGAGACUAGCCAUAUAAGCAGGGAGGAGGGGGUGCACCAUUUUGCCUAGCAACGUGCGAAAGACAUAAAGCAGCUUCAUCCGUUCAGCAUCCCAUCAUCCGUCUCAGUCAGCGUUUGACACGAGAGAGGCUGCUUAAUUCCUUAGGGAUAGGGAUUAUGAAUGGGGACACUUCAAAGAAAAUGGCCAAUCGCUGACCUCCUAAACCACAGAGGAAGAGAACGUCGCCUGUGAAAUCUAUAGAAAGGGUGGCUGCAAAUCAAAGAGAUGUGGAGCAGAGAAGAGCUGAAUGUGGAGGAGAUUUGAGCCGCGGUAGCUUAAAAGAGAAGACAGCAAUGCAUACAACGUCCAUUUGCGACAGGACUGUUGGGUUCUAAUGGUGCAUAAGAAAGGAACCAUGUUUAAGAGUAUGCCAACAGCAACAGCCUUUCAGUCCAAGCAAAAGAUCUCCGGACAUCUGGAUUCACCGUACAAGCAUGAAAGGCUGCUGACAAAUAUAAAGAAUCCAGAGAGGUACUUCACAGACUGCACACAGAGGAAAAAAUGAAUUGCCUGCAAUUCAGUGUUAAAAAGAUCACCCAAAGUCAUCUCUUGGCGGGUCAUGCUACCGCUGUAUUUACACUUCUCAAAAAUUAACAGCGUGUUUGUUAGCCAGCACUGAAUAAAAUCAUGAGGUGGAAGCGCAGACGCUGCUGCGCGCACACUGCUUUCCUCCUCAUUUUGCUCUUGUGUGUGGGAGGGCUUGUGGUACUGGGACAAUGGAAGCGUCCUAGGGUGAACCCGGUGACGAUGACAGAUAGAGGGGUCCACAUCUUGAAACCUGACUCAAACUCUAGCUCAAUGAAACAGAGCAAGUGGAAAUACCCUGGAGUGCCCCCUAUACCACCAAUGUUUGAUGUCAAACUCAGCUCGGCUUUGGAUGAAAGUUCACAGCAGGGGCUGGAAAUCUCCUUGGGUUCAAACAUCAGUUUAAGUGGAGAGAUAAGAGCAAAGAGGACACUUGUGGUCGAGCCUUUCAAGUAUAUCCUUAAUGAGCCAGAAGCAUGCAUGCAAAGCGCUCCCUUCUUGGUGCUUCUCAUUGCAGUUGAGCCAAAGCAAGUGGACGCAAGGAAUGCCAUCAGGCAGACAUGGGGCAACGAGAGUGUGGCCGGAGGCUUGGGAUUUGUCCGCCUUUUCCUCCUGGGUGUUAAGGAUGACAAGGGAAUAGGCAGCAAAAUCCAGCGCACAAUAGAGGCUGAAAGUCGUCAGCAUCAUGACAUCAUCCAGCAAGAUUUCCAGGAUACAUAUCAAAACCUUACCCUCAAGACUCUGAUGGGGAUGUACUGGGUUGCAACAUAUUGCCCCAGUGCCAGGUACGUCAUGAAGACAGAUAGUGACAUGUUUGUCAAUACCGAAUACCUUAUACAUAAACUCUUGAAGCCCAAGGAACAACCAAGACAGAAAUACUUCACAGGGUAUCUCAUGAGAGGAUAUGCCCCAAACCGAAACAAACGCAGCAAAUGGUACAUGUCCCAAGAACUGUACCCCAGUGAGCGAUACCCUAUCUUCUGUUCUGGGACUGGGUAUGUGUUCUCAGGUGACAUGGCACACAGGAUCUAUGGAGCAUCUCUGAGCAUUCGCAGGCUGCAUUUAGAAGAUGUUUACGUGGGCAUCUGCCUAGCCAAACUGAGGAUAGAACCAGUCCCACCGCCAAAUGAAUUUCUGUUCAACCACUGGCGAGUGUCCUAUUCCAGCUGCAAGUACAGCCACCUGAUCACCUCCCACCAGUUUCACCCUAAUGAGCUGCUGAAGUACUGGCAGCAUCUACAGAGCAACAAGCACAAUGCCUGCAUCAACAUGCCAUUGAAGGUUAAGGACAAAACGAGCAGAAAACUGCUCUAGAGUCCGAGGUUUGGAUCCUCAAUAAGUGUGGACAAGAAAGUUUAGACAUUCUGGAGGUUUUACCAAAUGCAACAGAUAAAAAGCACAUGAGGGUUUUGGACAACCUUACAUGUGCUUUUUUAUUUUUUUUUUCCAUUGUUGUAACUUUGAAGACAGGUUAUGAGUAUUUAUCUACCUUUAUAAAUCUAUGACAGA